GCACAGAGGGAGAAAGUGAACAAACAGGUGGCGAGGAAAAGCAGAAAGAGAAUGCAGUUGAAAAGAGCAAGGCGACUGGGCAUCAACACUGCAGAGGACUAUUAGGAUAUUCACAAGAAGUCCAAAUACAAGAGCUGAAGGGAGAAAGAUAUAGCAAACACAGCAGAAUGAAGAGUGACUUGUGUGAUGAUACCCAGAGUGACAGUGGAGUAUCAACGGACUUCUACCCAGGCAGCACUUUGGAGAGCAACAACAUCAUCUCUACAGGUACUCCCACAAAGGAGACUCCGAUUGAAAGGGAGAUCAGACGGGCUGUAGAGCGUGAAAACAGCCUGAGGAAGUCCAGAGGGCUUCCUAAUCCCCCCACCUCCCCAGAGUAUGUAGAGAUCCCAUUAAAGACAGCUGUUCUCAGUCAAUCUUUCACUGCAAAGUCUGAGGGUUCUCAAGGCAAAGACAGGCAGUUUGCUGGCAAAAUGAUGUACCAUGAGAUCCACAUGGAGACCCAGAGGGAAGAGGAUCUGGUCAAGCUUGGGAAAAUUCCAGGUUUGUAUGACAAAGGCUCAGUUCGCCAACUAAAAUACAAGAAACAGCUUUUUGAGGCCUUUCAGAAACCUGAUGAUUCAACUGUCUCAGCCAGGAGUAAGAGCACGUCCUCGUAUUCAGCCAAUGACACCUCAGCCCUGGAGAACCGGGAGGGCAUCUCAUCACAGGCACCCACUGUAGGAGACUCUCAUGUGGAGAAUAGUCAAAACACAGAUGUGUUAAAUCCCAAACAGAACCUCAGCUUAGUCAAACGAGGUGGUUCAACCAACUUGGCUCCUCAGGGACCAGGCUUCUCUGAGGCAACUGAUUGCCAGGUCAUCAUCCUAGAGAGUAACCUGAGUGUCCCAGUGCAGAAGCUCUAUGCCAAACAAGAGGCAAAGCCGGUCACUGUUGUCGACUCUGGAAAUCCUAACAUCUCAUCAUACAGGACAGGAGGACAUGGUGGGGUGACAGGGAGCCAGCCGGAACAAGCAGAACAGGAUGAAGAAGAACUGACACCCAAGGAAAACCCUUUUUUUAAGUUGCGCUCCUCAGUAAAAAAGGUUAAAGUGGAGCAGGAUAUUCGAGAGACCCAAGAGAGGGAGAAGGAACUUCGCAAGCAGAGGAUGAGCCUGUACGGGUGCACAGGGGGUGCAAAAGGAGGAGGGAGGCCAGAUAGCAUAGAAGGAAAGAGUCUUACGUUGUCUUCGUCUUCAGCAAAUGGACUGGCUGUUCUUGACUCUUCUGACUCAUCAUCCACUGGGGGAACUGGACCCUCAGCAGCACGCCAGUCGGUUGGCAAGCUCGGCGUGUGGCCCCCAGCCCAUGCUGAAGAGGAGAAGAUUAACCAGCCACAGGUCCACCAUUGUCUCCAGAACUCCAGAGAGAAGACCCCUCUAGUACACCAGUGGGAGUCAGGCCUGGUCAACGGACACAAGGAGGAAGACAACUGAGGACACACUGACAGAGCAAGCUGAGGGAGGGACGGACAUUUAUAGAGAUGCGUAUUUUUGAAGCAGAGGGCCGAAAGACUGUGAUAUAAAACAGUGUUCCGGGCAUACAGACUGGAGGAGAGAGUGGUGAUGAAGAGGAGGAAAGGGAGAUCAUGUGAUGUGGAAAAGAGGUCAGGGAUUGAGAUGAAAAGGUGGUCAGGAGGACUGAGAGCAAGGAAAAGGAUUGGUGGUGGACUGAAACCCCUGAAGAGUCCUUCAGCAAAGAGAAACAGGAAGAUGACAACCACCUAUUAGUGGAUAAACAUAUGGGCUGCUUCUGGUGCUGGAAAACUGAGACUAAUGAAUGUAAAAAGGCAAAAAAGAUUAUGCAUCGGUAGUAAGGGAAUGUAAGAAGAGUAAGAAUGGGAUUUUUAAACCUAAAUGAACUUCUUUAUCAUAGGAAAAAUAAUGAGUUACUGCUGCAUUUGUUGAUAAAAAAUACUAUAGAUUGAGUACUCGAGUAUCUGAUACUGUAAACAGCGCAUCAUCACCAUGCUUUAAAAGAUGUCUUACACUGAUAGUGCAAUCCGAUAAAGCAGCCAUGUAAUAAGCCCUACCUUUAUGUACAGUAGCUCAUUUCAUUCCGUUUUUAUUGACUCUGAGAUAGACAGUCGUUAAUACAACUUUAUGGUCAUUUUAGAGGAUGGAGUUCCUGGUGGGCUUGUAUUUGACAGCAUUAACCAGCUCGCUUUCUAGUAUAGUUACUUACAUAAAGAGACAAUGUAAUGAAUCUCAAGUUAAUGGGGACAGAAAGGCAGUGUACUGUAAUGUUACUGUGUUUGAUCGCAUACUGCACAUUGUUGGGAGUCAUGAAAAGCUACUUGUUCUGUUAUUUUUGUUGCAUCAAGCUGGAUUAUAGUGCAAUAAAAUAAAAUAAAGUGCAAUGCUGAUCUGGAUUUCAGCUAUGAGUAAUGCCACAUAAUGCAAACCUAAAAACUGCUGCUUUGUUUUUUUUUUUUCAAAUGGUGCAGUAAAUUUUGGAACAAAACUUGAUACAUAUGUUUAGGUUUGUCCCCUUUAUUCCUUUAUUUUUGUUUCAGCCUUAGUCAGACAUGGCAGUAAUAUAGUCAGUGUUAUUCCAGUAACUCAUACUGAAUGUCAUUUUGCUAAGUGAGUGCUCUCGCCAAGUUCUUUUAUUGCAUAGUGUUUUGUUGUCCCACACACAUCACUGCUGAUCAAAUUUAUCUUUUCUUCUCAAAUAUUUCUUUUCUUAUUAUUA